AUGGCUAUAGUAACUCGCCACCUGCUCCGCCGUUCACCGGCCUCCUCACUACCGUUCCUAAACCCUCACAUCCAUUGCCGGAGCUACUCUUCCACCUCCGGUGCCACUAGCCACAUCGAUCACCAACGUAAUCACGAAUUCCUUUCUCCGAACGAUUACAUUGGGUCAUGGAAACCUCCGAAGGAUCCCAAAGAAGCUCAGUCGCAGCUCGCGCAUCUUCGCCGUGAGUAUGCGCUGAAGGUUAAAGCAGCUCGCAAGGAAUACAUCCGCGAAGUGGAGUUUCUGAAGCUCGAGAAGCAAAAGAAGGAUUUAGCUAGAAAGGAAGCCCUGAGGAUUGCAAAUGAAGAGCGGAAAGCGGCUAAAGAUGCCGAGAAGGCGGCCAAAGCCAAGGAAAGAGAAGUGGCUGCAGAGGAAUUCCGACAAACCCUUUUAAAAGAAAGAGCUGAGAAACUUGAACACUGGAGGAUGAGAACUCAAAAGUUCGAGGAGAAGAAAAAGCAGAAGAAGGAGCUUUUGCACCGUCAGAGUUCUUUGUGGGUCAGUGAAUCUGAAUUGGAGAAAAAAGCCUUGGAAGCAAUCGUUGAUAGUACACCUCUUUAA